UGGAUGUAGGCAGUGUAGAUUUUGCAGACAGACCCAUAUUGGGGUUUCCUGUGUUAUUUUGCUUUUAUACCAAUCAUUUAUAAUGAGAGCGGUGGAGACAGUGUGAAUCCCCAGAGAAUGGAGAGCAAAUGCUGCACGUUUGUAGGAGCUGACCCAAUGGAGACUUGGGAGCUGAUCAUGAAUAUAAGCGAACACUUUGACGUCAGAGCUGAGAUUUCUCAGCAGACCCAAUGGGGCAAGAAUAUUAAGUGCAAGUCAAAGCCACUGCUAUCUGGGAGCAGUAUUAGCAAUGUUAACCAAGGAUUGAGCCUUAACAAGCACUGCAAGGACUAGCACAAAGGGACAGAGCUGGAGAUCACAGAACGAAGCAAUGCUUCACCAGCCUGCAUCCGCAACGAUGGAACACCUCCUGUAUCUCCACAACUCUUCCUCCAGCAGGAUGUCUCACCACUUCUAUGACCCAUGGGAUACCAAUACCUCUACCGUCACCACGUCUGAUCUCUCCCCAGAUGAUUCUGUCAACCCUUGGGACAUUAUCCUUUGUGUAACAGGGACAAUCAUGGCGUGUGAGAAUGCAAUAGUGAUAGCGAUACUCUUCUAUACGCCUUCCCUUCGUGCCCCCAUGUUUAUACUCAUCGGCAGCCUGGCGCUGGCUGAUCUUCUGGCUGGUGUAGGACUCAUUGUGAAUUUUAUCAUUAUCUAUGUAUUUAAUAAUGAAAUGGCAGUGCUUAGUUCUGCUGGGCUGCUCUUAGCCUCUUUCUCUGCCUCUGUCUUUAGUCUUUUAGCUAUCACAGUGGACAGGUACUUGUCUCUCUACAAUGCCCUGACAUAUCACACAGAAAGAACUCUUACUUUCACUUAUGUGAUGGUACUCCUCUUAUGGGCUCUUUGCAUCUGUAUUGGCUUAUUACCCAUCAUGGGGUGGAACUGUGUCAGGGAACAGACCUCCUGCAGUGUCUUGAGACCAGUGACCAAAAACAAUGCAGCUGUACUAGCGGUGUCCUUCCUCCUGCUCUUUGCCUUGAUGAUGCAGCUGUACCUACAGAUUUGCAGAAUUGCGUUCCGCCAUGCCCAGCAGAUUGCAGUUCAGCACCAAUUUAUGGCCACAUCUCAUGCCUCCAGCACAAGGAAGGGGGUAUCAACCUUAUCUCUCAUACUGGGCACUUUUGCACUAUGCUGGAUUCCCUUCGUUGUGUACUCCUUAGUUGCUGACUCCAGUUACCCUAUGAUAUACACCUACUCGCUGGUCCUGCCAGCUGCCUGUAAUUCUGUCAUAAACCCCAUCAUUUAUGCUUUCAGAAAUCCAGACAUCCAGAAGUCAUUAUGGCUUGCUUGCUGCGGUUGUAUGCCACCCAGUUUCUUAUCUGGACCUAGAACUUCCAGUGAUGUAUAGGGACUUGAAGUGAUAUAUUUGAUAACAAACUGUGCCAAACUGGGGAAGAAGAUAAAAAGAUGUCAAAUGGUACUUUAUUUUUUCUUCAGUUGAUAUUUAAUGUUUUGCUUUAACACAUGCAAGGAAGCACUUAGUAUGUUCUGUUCCAACAGGUUCAUCAGCUGCCACUGUUGACUUUGUAGAUAGCUUGGCAUUCCCUUCUUGUUUACAGCUUAUUAUUGUAUACAGCAUCCAUACCACCAUCUCAGCUGAGUAGUCUGGAUCUAAAACAUACCUAUUAAAUUGUCACCUCUAUAGGCCGCAUUGACAGUUUGUGGUUCACUGAAACUCUUCAUAGUGAACAGAGAGCAUUAAAACACUCCUUUUUAUCACUUUUAUGGUAGCUCCACACACAGAGUAUUUCAGAAAAACACUACGAUUUUUGGGGUUUUUAUAAUUCUUUUUUGCCCAAAAACAAUGAAUGUUAUAUGAUAGUUUAUAUACAAUGUUAACUGCACUACAAACAUUGCAUUUUUCUGGAUCUGUGUAAGGCUGGGUUCACAUAUGUCCGGCAUCCAGCAGUUUCCCUAAUGCUAGAACUGAUCCCAUUCUUUUGAUCACAAUCAUCCAGAGUCUCAAUUUUGACACUGGAUGGUUGGACACAUCGGACGGCAUCCGACCGGGGAACGCAGCUUGCUUGCGUCCAGAAACAAUGGAUGCCAGAUGCUAUACAACUGAUGAUAACUGAUGCACAUUGUCAUCAGUUAUUGCAUCAGUUGCAUCAAGAUCUAGGCUGAGUUCACCUAUUCCUGAUGCUGGACAUAUAUGAACCAAGCCUAAGAUAUUAUUCAUUUAGAUGUCCUAUAUAGCUCUUGAAAAAUACUCGGAAAAGUGCAUGUUACAAAUGCAUUGAAACCAUUAAUAAAUAAACUUGCAAAUAAUGUAAUGAAAAACCAUUAAAAGUCAAUGCAUUUUUUACAAGAAAAAAAAA